GCCUUCACUGCCAGGCAGCAGAACUGUGAGCUACAGUUAAGUAGAAAUCAAGGAAGAUGAGUUCUAGCAUGAGCAUGGGUGAACCAAGACUGAACUGGGAUGUUUCUCCCAAAAAUGGCCUGAAGACUUUUUUCUCUCAAGAAAACUAUAAAGAUCAUUCCAUGGCUCCAAGUUUAAAAGAACUGUUAACUUUAUCUAGCAGACGUAUAGGAGAAAAUCUGAAUGCCUCAGCAAAUUCUAUGGAAAGUGAGCUGACAGUUAGUUCAGCACCUCAAACAAAGGAGAAAGUUGGAAUGGUUCUUCUUCCAAAACCAAGAGUUCCCUACCCUCGUUUCUCCCGCUUCUCACAGAGAGAGCAGAGGACUUAUGUGGAUUUAUUAGUUAAAUAUGCAAAGAUUCCAGCAAAUUCCAACACCGUUGGUAUAAACAAAAGUGAAUAUUUGCAGUAUUUGGACAUGAAAAAGCAUGUGAAUGAAGAAGUGACUGAAUUCCUAAAGUUUUUGCAGAACUCUGCGAAGAAGUGUGCGCAGGAUUAUAAUAUGCUUUCUGAGGAUGCCCGUCUUUUCACAGAGCAAAUUUUAAGAGCCUGCAUUGAGCAAGUAAAGAAGUACCCAGAAUUUUUUUCUCUUCAUGAAGUUACCAGCUUAAUGGGAUUCUUCCCAUUCAGAACCGAGAUAGGAUUGAAAUUAGAAAAAACCCUUCUUGUGUUGGGCAAUGUAAAAUUUGUGAAAACAGUAUUUCCUUCAAUGCCAGCAAAGUUAUAUCUCUCAAAAGAUGAUAUGUCUUCCACAGAAAUACCAAAACAAAUCGCUGAAGCUAUGCACUCGGAUAUCAGUAAAGAUCCAAAUGCUGAGAAGCUUGUUUCAAGGUACCAUCCUCAGAUAGCUCUCACUAGUCAAUCAUUAUUUGCAUUACUAAACAACCAUGGACCAAGCUACAAGGAACAGUGGGAAAUUCCAGUAUGUGUUCAACUAGUGCCUGUUGCAGGUUCCAAACCAGUUAAAGUCAUUUAUAUUAAUUCACCACUUCCCUCAAAGCAAAUGACAACGAGAGAGAGAAAUCAAAUCUUUCAUGAAGUUCCAUUAAAAUGUAUGAUGUCCAAAAACACAUCAGUUCCAGUCUCUGCAGUAUUCAUGGACAAACCUGAAGAGUCUGUGCCUGAGAUGGACGUAUGUAAUGCUAUUCUCCUCCCUCAGGAGAAUGGACUUGUUUAUCUUUUUGAGACAUAAGGUUUUCUUGCAAGUCUCUGAACUUAGGUAGAAAUUCUGUCUUUAGAAUACAGUUUGCAUGUACCAAAAUGUUAUGUGGUCCACUGCUGAUAUGAUAGUUCUGAUGUUGCACUUAAAAAUGGAUCUAGUUUUUUUUAUGGGAAAAUGAUCUGAAUAGACAUUUCUCAGAACAAAAUGUACAGACAGCUGACAAGUAUAUGAAAAAUGUUCACUAUCAUUAAUCUUCAGGGAAAUGCAACCAAACCACAAUGACAUGACAUCUCCUCUUGAUUAGGAUGGAUGUAAUCAAAGAGACCAAUGCUGGUGAGGGUACAGUAAAUCAGUACAACCUUAGUGGAAAACAGUAUGGAGGUCCCUCAAAAAAUGAGAAAUAGGACUACCAGGGGAUCCAGCAAUCCCACUCUUCAAUGUACAUAUUUCAAAAGAUAAAAGAAACAAAGGAGAUACCUGAACUCCUGUAUUGCUUGCAGAGUAGCAAAGAUAUGGAAUCCAAGUGUCCACUAAUGGAUAAAGAAAAUGUGGUCUAUUGAUA